AUGGAUCCGCAAGUGUUCGAACUCGUACGAGGGUACGCGUCCCUCGUACCGCCAAGUAAACUGAGCUUCCCGAAUGUAUCUCCUCUGUCUACGCUCAUGGAGGCAAUCGUGGCACACCUUCUCGAGUCGGAUCACUUUCAGCAAUACGCUCCGUCCGCUCAAUAUCAGAAAACGUUUUGGAAAUGGGCUAUCGACCAUCUGGAAAGACUUGUCUCGCAGACAGAGGAAGAAGUGGAGUUGGACGACCGAAUAUAUGAUCACUACCUGAGCUUCAUCCAGCAGCCGUCGGCCGCGCCGGACUUCGCUAUAGCCUGCCCUCGUGCACCUCCGAGCGAUUCCUACAUAACGCACUAUUGGUGUUUGAGUGGGAAUGACAAAUUUUCAUCAGAUGGCCUAAUCCAUCUUGAGAACUACCAGACCGUCACCUUGCGCGAAUCACGCACGACCAUCCAAGAUGGGACGACUGGCCUCCGUACCUGGCUCGCUAGCCUGGUCCUCUCCAAAUACCUGAUUAAUGAACCAGAUCUCAUCGCCAACAAGCGCAUUCUGGAGCUUGGCUCUGGGAUUGGCUUCCUAGGCAUAAUUUGCGCCAGCGUGCAACUGCUAAACCAGAUCACGGAGAAUGCCCCGGCGCCGCAUUUGUGGCUGACGGAUGUUAAUGACGAUGUGCUGGCGAGAUGUAAGGCCAAUGUACAGUUGCCAUGCAAUCUCUCCUCCGACCACCCAAACGUCCAUUACCGUAACCUCGACUGGGUCGAAUUCGACCAGUCGACGUCGAGAACGGCCGCUCUAGCAGAUAUGGACGUCCUUGACGAGGAUGUUAUACUGGGCGCAGACAUCGUUUUCGACCCCAGCCUCAUUGAGCCGCUCGUGACAGUUCUUGCCCUGCGUCUCAUGAAGCUACGACAAAAUGGACGACGUAUGGCGCUCAUCGCGCUCACAGUGCGGAACCCGGAGACCUUCCAGGCCUUCGUGGAAGCAGUGGAGAGAGCUGCACUCACCAUCGAAUACGUCGACUAUACAACCAGCGGAAAGACCUUCCUCGAGACGAGCGAAAGCCGCCAAGAUGGGUCUUCAACGGUCAAAAUCCUUCGCAUAAGUUAUAAAGCAGGGUAG